UACUGGGCCGUACAUUUUGUGAGGAUAUGAAUAGAUUUGGAAGAUGAGGUACUGAUUUGUAGUUAAGUUCAAUUAUUGUUGUAGGUUCCUAGUUUCUUUGGCAUUGAUAAACACUCUCUUAAACCCUAAAACCUCUUAGGGUCAAUUUAUUUUUUACUUUUAUUUAUCUCCUUGAAGCAUGGAUUGUUAUGAAGAUUGAUCUGCAAGAUAAAACAGCGUAGCGAUUGCACACAGGUGAAGAUGCUGUUGAGGAAACCUGGAAUAGUAUUGAGCUACAAUUCAAAGUGUUGGUACAUUUUAAUCAAUUCAAGGAAGUUGGCUUCAUUUUCUAAUGGUUCUCCUUCAGAUUUGGGUGGGAAAUCUCAUCUCUGUAAUGAAGGGGUCAAUCAAGAAAACUCGAGGAAUUUUGAUGGUGUGAGACAGAGAGUAGAUGACGUGUGCCGUGUUUUGGAAAGUGGUUCUUGGGGACCAGCGCUUGAGAAUUCUUUGUCAAUGUUUAAUGAAAAGCCUCAACCUGAGUUGGUUAUUGGAGUGUUACGGAGGUUGAAAGAUGUUAAUCAAGCAGUGAAUUAUUUCCGUUGGGUCGAGAGGAAAAGUGAGGAACCACUUAGUCCGGAAGCUUAUAAUGCACUUCUUAUGGUGAUGGUUAGAACUAGGAAUUUUGAUUACUUAGAGCAGAUUCUGGGAGAGAUGAGUAUUGCAGGAUUUGGCCCUGCUAAUUACACUUGCGUGGAGUUAGUUGCGAGCUGUGUUAAAUCACGGAAGCUUAUAGAAGCUUUUGAUCUCCUGCAAAUGAUGAGGCAUUUUAAAUUUCGCCCAGCGUUUUCUGCUUAUACAACUUUGAUUGGUGCUUUGUCUGAAAUAGGUGAAUCUGAUCGCAUGCUUGCUCUUUUUCAUCAAAUGCAAGAGCUGGGUUAUGAAGUGAAUGUGCAUUUGCUUACAACUCUAAUUCGUGUGUUUUCCAGGGAGGGUCGUGUUGAUGCUGCUCUUUCCCUACUGGAUGAAAUGAAGAGCAACACUUUUGAUGCUGAUGUUGUUCUUUAUAAUGUUUGCAUAGACUGCUUUGGUAAGGUGGGAAAGGUGGAUAUGGCUUGGAAAUUUUUUCAUGAGAUGAAGGCAAAUGGUUUAGUGCCUGAUGAUGUGACUUAUACAAGUAUGAUGGGUGUUCUAUGCAAAGCCAACAGACUUGAUGAGGCUGUGGAGAUAUUUGAGCAGAUGGAGCAAAACAGACAAGUUCCAUGUGCGUAUGCUUACAAUACCAUGAUUAUGGGUUAUGGAUCAGCUGGAAAGUUUGACGAGGCAUACAGUUUGCUUGAGAGGCAAAGGGCAAAAGGGUGCAUUCCAAGUGUGGUUGCGUAUAAUUGCAUUCUUACUUGCCUUGGGAAGAAGGGAAAGACAGACAAGGCAUUAAGAAUUUUUGAGGAGAUGAAGAGAGAUGCGAUGCCCAAUCUUCCAACAUAUAACAUUAUAAUAGGCAUGCUUUGCAAGGCUGGAAAUGUCGAGGCUGCUUUCAAGGUUCGGGAUGCCAUGAAAGAGGCUGGCUUGUUUCCUAAUGUCAGAACCAUAAACAUAAUGAUCGAUAGGCUGUGUAAAGCUCAAAAGCUUGAUGAAGCUUGUUCAAUAUUUGAAGGAAUGGAUCAUAAAGUUUGCUCCCCAGAUGGUGCUACAUUCUGUUCGCUUAUAGAUGGUUUGGGCAAGCAAGGUAGAGUGGAUGAUGCUUACAGGAUUUAUGAACGGAUGCUGGAUGCUGAUCAAAUUCCAAAUGUUGUUGUUUAUACAUCCCUCAUCAGAAAUUUCUUCAAGUGUGACAGGAAGGAGGAUGGUCACAAGAUGUACAAAGAAAUGCUGCGUAGUGGAUGUUCUCCUGACCUCAUGCUCUUGAAUACCUACAUGGAUUGUGUUUUCAAGGCUGGUGAAACUGAGAAAGGCAGGGCUUUGUUUGAGGAAAUAAAGGCUCGAGGGUUUCUUCCUGAUACAAGAAGCUAUUCGAUCCUAAUCCAUAGCCUUGUGAAAGCUGGUUUCGCACGGGAAACCUACGAGUUAUAUUAUGCAAUGAAGGACCAAGGCUGUGUUUUGGACACCCGUGCAUACAACACUGUUAUUGAUGGGUUCUGCAAGUCAGGUAAGGUGAACAAAGCUUAUCAGCUACUGGAGGAAAUGAAGACAAUGGGCCACCAUCCAACUGUUGUGACCUAUGGUUCUGUCGUGGAUGGCCUCGCUAAAAUUGAUAGACUUGAUGAAGCAUACAUGCUCUUUGAGGAAGCAAAGUCAAAUGGCAUAGAGUUAAAUCAUGUGAUCUAUAGUAGUCUUAUUGAUGGUUUUGGAAAAGUUGGUAGAGUUGAUGAAGCAUAUCUAGUUAUGGAAGAAAUGAUGCAGAAAGGUUUAACGCCCAAUGUAUACACAUGGAAUUGCUUGCUGGAUGGAUUGGUGAAAGCCGAGGAAAUUAAUGAGGCCCUUGUCUGCUUUCAGUCCAUGAAAGACUUGAAAUGCACUCCGAAUCAGAUAACUUAUUGCAUUCUCAUAAAUGGCCUCUGUAAGGUUAGGAAAUUUAACAAGGCCUUUGUGUUUUGGCAAGAGAUGCAAAAGCAAGGGUUAAAACCCAAUACCAUCACCUACACUGCCAUGAUCUCUGGACUUGCAAAGUCUGGAAAUGUUGCACAGGCAAGUAAUCUAUUUGAGAGAUUUAGGGCAAGUGGGGGAAUUCCUGAUUCUGCUAGUUAUAAUGCUAUGAUAGAAGGGCUGAGCAUCGCAAAUAGGGCACUGGACGCGUAUCAACUUUUUGAGGAAACUCGGUUGAAGGGUUGCAGUAUUCAUACCAAGACUUGUGUUGCACUUUUGGAUGCACUGCAUAAGGCCGAAUGUCUUGAGCAGGCGGCGAUAGUGGGGGCUGUUUUGAGGGAAACAGCAAAAUCUCAACAUGCUGCAAGAUCUUGGUAAUAAUAUCAGGUGGUUUUUUUUUUGGUUCCGAGGGACAGGCUAUUGUGGCUAACCUGGCAACUGCUUGAUGGCAUAGCAGUGAUCAAUUCACUGGGUGGAUGAGUUACAUGUAAUUCCUUACUUCCUAACUUCCUUAACGGAGCCACACUUGCUCCUUGCAGCAGUAAUUGUAUUGACUUCAUGCUGCAUUGUUGCAAGUAUCAGAUGCCGAAGUUACACAUUUGAUGCCCACAGCUGACAUCAUACAUGAUAAUAUCAACAACAUCAGAUUGUGUCCAGAACCGACAGCACAAGCAGGAUGCUCAUUUUUGUUCAUCCACUGAUGAAAGGGGUACAUUUAUCUGAGUUUCCUUCUUGGAUUUGUCCUCCGACAGGGAUGUUUCUUGCAUCAUCACGAAGUUUUUUCAAUCCUCACAUAAUUAUGAGGUGGCAUGUUUCAGUUCAAAUAAAUAGCUUGAAUGCCAACGUAGAACAAGUAAUGGGCCAAUUUUUUUUCUGAAUUAGUUAUAUUUUUACUGUAAUCUUAGAGAAAGGCAAGGGGUCCAAGGAAUGGUUAGUUACAUUUUAUAAUUUGGCAAGAGCAAACAUGCAACCUCAGCUGCUAUAGACGCAGAUCUAUGCUAACUGGAAUGGCAGCGGUAUGGGAUUUGAUACUUUUCAACUAAUAAUGCUUCAAUACAGUUUUUGUUGCUCGCACUUUCUUUAAUUAAUUAGCUACUCUCGAAUUCCUCACAGCCAGUCAACUUUGCUUGCAUUAAGAAGUGCCAUUUUGUCCACGAAGGAUAGCCUCGGCUGCAAGCAAUGUUGUUUUUGUCUUUUCAAUGUUCGGAUUUGUCCAUGUUUCAGCUUCCUUGUCUUUUUGUGAAGCGGU